AUUACUAUGAUUUGGAUUCUGUGCUCUUGCCGCCUCGUUUUCAUUAAAAAGUGAGGUUAAAUAUUUUGACGUUUAAUGGUCUAAGUUAUAGUAAAAAGGUUGCUAUAAGGGCAAGGUAACAAUUCUAAUUUCACGAACGCUGCAUUCAUUAUAAAUAAUAUGCCUACAAUCGGCGUUAAAAGAGAUUUGUUGUUUAAAUCCUUAGGAAAACAAUACACUGAUGAUGAAUUUCAAAACCUGUGCUUUGAAUUCGGUCUAGAACUAGAUGAAGUGACAACGGAAAAACAAAUGAUUACCAAAGAACAAGGUGAAGAUUCACAACUAACAACAAAUGCUUCAGAAGAUGUGAUUUAUAGAAUUGAUAUUCCAGCAAAUCGUUAUGAUUUAUUGUGUUUAGAAGGUUUAGUUAAGGGUUUACUAAUAUUUCAAGGAAAAAUUUCUCAGCCAAUAUAUGGUGCUGUUAAACCAAAGGAGGGGACGAUGGAAAAGUUAAUUAUCAAACCUGAUACUGCGAAAAUUCGUCCCUAUGCCGUAGCAGCUUUAUUAAGAAAUAUCAAGUUUGACAAAGAUAGUUAUAACAGUUUCAUAGAAUUACAAGAUAAAUUACACCAAAAUAUUUGUCGUAAACGAUCCCUAGUGGCUAUUGGAACACAUGAUUAUGAUACUGUUAAGGGUCCAUUUGUUUAUGAUGCUAAAUCUCCAAAAGAUAUUAAAUUUGUUCCCCUUAACCAGAACAAAGAAUUUUCUGCUGAAGAAUUGAUGACAUUCUAUUCUACUCAUGCUCAGUUGAAACAGUAUUUACCCAUAAUAAAAGAUAGUCCAGUAUAUCCGGUUAUUACAGAUAGUAAUGGAAUUGUUUUAUCAUUGCCACCUAUAAUUAAUGGAAAUCACUCAAAGAUUACUUUGGAUACAAAAAAUGUAUUCAUUGAAUGUACAGCUACUGAUUUAACAAAGGCAAAAGUAGUUCUAGAUACUAUUGUUUGUAUGUUUAGUCAAUACUGUGCUGAACCAAAUUGUGUUGAAUAUUGUGAAGUUGAAAACCCCAAUGGUACUUCAGUUUUGUACCCGGAAUUGGAAUAUAGAACUGAAACAAUUUCAAUUAAAAAAUGUAAUAAAAAAAUCGGAAUUAAUGAAUCUUCUAAUAGUAUCAUUCAACUCUUAUCAAAAAUGUGCCUUUUUUCUGAAUCAAAGAACAAUUCAGACACAGUUAAAGUUGUAAUACCUCCUACAAGACAUGAUAUUUUACAUCCUUGCGAUAUAUAUGAAGACGUUGCAAUUGCUUAUGGUUAUAACAAUAUAAAAAGAACUUUUCCAAAAACAAAUACUGUCGGUCAACAGUUUCCAGUUAACAAAUUGACCGAUCUAUUAAGGUACCCUAUUGCCGAAGCUGGAUUUACAGAAGCCUUAACAUUCACAUUGUGUUCAAGAGAUGAUGUAAGUACAAAAUUAGGGAUUGAUUCAAUAGACAAAGUUCCAGCAGUAUUUAUCUCUAAUCCGAAAACAUUAGAAUUUCAAGUAUGUCGUACUACUCUAUUGCCCGGUAUUCUGAAAACUAUCGCCGCUAAUAAGAAAAUGCCGCUGCCUAUGAAAAUAUUUGAAAUUGCGGAUGUCGUACUUAAAGAUUCUGAAGCUGAAGUUGGUGCUAGAAAUGAGAGAAGAAUAUGUGCAGUGAAUUGUAAUAGAAAUGCCGGUUUCGAAGUCGUCCACGGCCUCUUAGAUAAAAUAAUGUUACUUUUGGAAGUAUCUUGGUCAAGAAAAAAAAGCUCUGUUGGUUAUUAUUUACAAGCUGCCGAUGAUCCAACUUAUUUUCCUGGAAGAUGCGCAAAUAUAAUUUGCCAUGGAACUCUCAUUGGAAAAAUUGGUGUUUUGCAUCCAAAUGUUUUGGCCAAAUUUGAGCUAACAAAUCCAUGUUCUGCUUUAGAAUUAAAUAUUCAAUCCUUCGUUUAAAUGUUUAAUUGGCAUAUUAAAUGAUUUUAUCUAA